AUGUAGGAGAUUUAAUAAAAGAGAGAUAUAUAUAAUGAAGGAUGGUCACACAGAGAAUUAGAAGAUAAGUAAAGUACACUUUUUUUGUAUUCAAAGAAUUUUCGACAAAAAUCACAUUGUUAGCCUUAAUUUUAGCAAUAAUAACAACAAUCAUAGCAAUAGCUUUUUUCCACAAAUAUUCUUUGACAAUAAUGAUGUUACUUUUACUAUCAGGAAUUUUUUCUGUUAUUUUAAGUGUAAUUUUAAAAAUAAAUUUGAAUUUAGGGAUUGAUUAUGUAUUGGUUUAAUAAUAGCCAAAUCACUGAAGAAUCAGAGGUUUAGUUACAACUAAGAAAAUUUGAUGUAGAUUCAAGAAUUUCAGCAGUAGUAUUUCUAGGUUCAUUCAUCAAUAUUUUAUAUAAUAUUAUUUUGUUAGUGUUUAUUGUGUUUUGGUAUAGAAUUGGACAAGACUAUUAUUAAGCUAAUCAUUCAAUUGAAAGUGGUAUUACGUACAUGAGUGAUUAUAAGACUGGAGUAAUAAUUGGAUUUCCAGUAUUGAUUUUGAUCAGUUUAAUCUUGAUGUAUGUGGCAUUCACUAGUUAUAUAACAAUACCUCAGAAAUCAUAAUUGAGAGUAUGUAUAUAUGUGUUUGCAUUAUCCACCAUUCUAAUAGCAUCUUUUACAUUAAAUUAAGCAAAUUAAGCUACAGAUGAUUUUUAGACACCCUAUUCUCCUUUAUAAGUAUCAAAUGCCUUCUCUUUAUUUAAAAUAUUAACAAUACUAUCUUUGAUUACAGCUGCAUUAGCUUUUCUUACUACUUUUAUAUAUAAAAAUAGUCUAUUUGAAACUAUGGGUUAUGCAAACUUAAUUUUAAUAUUUUUAAUAACUGCUUGUUCUUUUUAUAUAAUAAGAUAAAGUGAAUAAGUAAGAUCAGCCUAUAUUAAUUAAUGUGGUUAAUAGAUGCGUAAUACACAUUUAGAUUGGAUACAAGAAAAUGCAAACUGUUAAAAAUAUUUAGAUCACAAUAAUUGCGAUCCCUAAUAAUAAUCAAUAUUAUGGGAAAAAGAUGGAAGCUAGUAAUGUUUAAAUAUUUCAUGUUGCAAUGCAUUUUCAGAUUCAAUGUCAAAAAAUGUAUUUUAUACAGGUUUUUUUUCAUUAUUGCUAGUCAUAAGUGGUUUUGGAUUAUCAACAACUUUAUUAUAAGUGGAUACAAGUUUAAAAGGAAUGUAGAUACCAAAUAGAAAAGAAGAUUGGACUUUUUUUUUAAUGGGAUUAAUAGUGGGAAUAUUUUCUGUAUUAUUGAUUUUUGGAUCUGUGACUUUACCAAAUUAGAAAGAUUUGAUAAUAGUUGCAAAUUAGCAAAUAAUAAAAGCUAAUAGAAAUCCUUUGGUAUAUCCAACAGGAAUAGAGAAUGCAACUGGAUGUGAACCAUUUAUGGAAGUGUAUAAGAGAUAGAAUAAAAAUAAAGAAUUGAUUUUACAUGAGGAUUCAAGAUUAACAAUACUGGCCCCUAAGAUGUAAAUAGUAAUAACAGAAUAUGUGAAUUCUGCAAAGGUUUCAUAUAUACCAAAGGAAAUGAUAAAAAAUGUAUUUUACACAUCUGCUGGAAAGAAUGAUGGGAUAUUUGGUGUGGAGGGAGAUAAAGGUGAAAUAAAAGAGAUAUUAUCAAAACAUAUUCAGAUAUGCAGUGAAGGUAAUAAAAAUUAAUUGACAAUUGAUAUAUUUGCAUUAUAAAGUAGUAGAUUAUUAUGGUAAAAACAUAAAAUACAUGCAGAAGAUAAACCAUUUAAUUAGGAAGCAAAGCAGUAUAUUAAUAAGAAUUUAAAGUUUACUGAUUUAUAAGUUAAGAUUACAGAUAUAUAGACAGGAUUAGAAUUGGAUGAUGUUAUAUUGUAUUUUUAUAAAAAUGAAGAUGAUUGUGGUAAAAUAAAACCAAUACCUUAAAGAAUAAGUAAAAUAUUAUAUAAAUGUAAUAGUAACAGUAAAUGAGGAUAGUGUAUUAUACAAUAUGGUAGUUCGAGAUUAUUAUUUUGGAGCAGAGAAGAAAGGAUAUUAUUUAUAUUGCAAUAAAUUUAGUAAUACAGAAAAAAGUAAAAGUUUGGAAGUGACAAUGAUUCCAAGAAAUAUAAAAAAGGGAUAAUUUACAGUAACGAUGGAAAUUCCAAAAUAAGAUAAGUAUAAUGUAUUAUUGGGAGCAGCAUAUCCAGAAUGUGUAGUAGGAUUUUUUAAUGAGAAUUGUGGAGGAAUGUAGUUUUAUGGAAGUUUGACUGCUUAGGCAAUUUCAAUAAAUGAAUUAGCAGAUAGAAAAUACACUUUUUUUGUAAAAUUUGAUUCAAGAGAUCCAAAACAAAAAGAAAUGAAUAAUAAGAAAUCUUAAGGUUUAAAAAUUGAUGCAUCAGUGAUUGAUAAUGAAUACAUUUUUAAAGAAUUAAAACCUGUAGUAACUCUUUAUGGAUUUGAAUAAGAAAGACCAAUAAUUAGAUAUUCAUUACCAAAAGUAAAUAAUCUAAAUAAGGAACCAAAUUUAACAUGGUUGGUAUUUUGUGUAGAUGGAGGAAUAGGGGAUAUUUCUUAAAAGUCGUGUGGUUAAUUUUGGAAAUAUUCUGAGAAUCCAAAUAAAUUUGAAAGGAAUGAAAAGUCAAAAGAUAUAUACCCUUAGAUAUGCAAUAAAUAAUGA